CUAUCAUAGAGAGGGAGUUCGCAUGUCGUCUUUGUUUUCCAUCGGUGAGGACGAGCUGGACCUCGAUGAUGAGGUGAGACUUAUAUGUGCGAUUUUUUUAAUUAUCCACGCAAAUAAAUUUCUGCGUAAUAUACGACAUGCGGAUACUCUUUAAGCUGUUUCUAGAGAAGAUCAGAACUAAGACAAAAUUAUCAUUUCCAUAACGUUGCAUCACCAAGUCAAAAUAAGAAGAAAGAAAAAUAGCCAAAUUAUCUCCUGAUAGAACUGCAAAAUCGAUUGAUUCGGGAUUGAGACGAAUACUUGGGCUGUGAGGGAAUAGUUGUCUGGGAAAAGGUUAAGAUCCAUUUAGUAGGAAGUAUAUACAUGUCCGACAAGUAGAUAUACAUGUAAUCAACCUUGUUAUCUAAAAAGAGCAAGAUACAAUGAAGGUUUUGAUUGAUUGACUGAUUGAGGGACUGAGGGAUUCAAUAAUUUUCUGCUUUAGUAGGAAUUUAAAGAAUAAAUGUUCUUCUGCAGUCAGAGAGUACUUGGAUAUAAUGUACGAUUUCCUUACAUGUUCAUUAGGGCCUUUUUUUUCCUUUUAAUUUUAGGAUUGUUUGUUAGCAGUAUGCAAGGGAGAGAGCACUGUGGACUCUAUUGCAGAUAAUUCUAAGAAAAAUACAAAUUCAAACCAAAACCAGCCAUUUACAAAUACAAAAGCACUCUUGAGGACAAAAGAAGUGGAGAAUUUCAAUAAUUACUACUCACGGAGGCCAUUUGAAUCCCUCAAUAACCGAGACAAUUUUGAUAGAGUUGUUGAGAAGAACACACAUGUAACUUCCAGAGAACGAUUACGCAAAGGUGCAUCUUUUGCAAACACAACAGACUGUCAAGGGAAUAUCACUGCUACAGUGGGUAAUGGAUGUACUGAACCUUUGGCAAAGAGAUUUGCAAUAGAUCAAAUAUCAGCGCCUAAAAUUCUGUCUGAAAAUAGAGCCAGCUUGUCACAUUCAAUUAAUGCACCAGCAGCCCAGAACAGUUGCAGUUCCUCCACAUUCCUGCACCAUGCAGCAUUGAGAGAUUCUUGUAAUUUUGGACAGCAAAACUUUGGAUCUAAUUCAGCAUUGCUUGAAACUGGUAAAAGAAAGGAUCUUUCCCAUAAUGACUCUUCCAAGUGUAAUCUUGCCUCAAGCUUCUCUACCAAGAAAGGAAUUCCUGGAGACAACCAGGGUUCUUUGAACAGUCUUAGAAAAGUACCAUUUCGUGGUGAAAAUGCUACAAAUUCUGUUACUAAUACUUCUGCUUUACAGCAGAGAUGGUCCCCAAGAAGCUCACCUGUAAUGAAUAAUGAAACAAAGGGUUUUCCUAAGCAAGUGAACAGAACAAACUCACCAUUGUGCAACCAGUCUGUAGGGAACAUGUCCUUCAGCCUCAACAAAGACAUGAUAGGGAAUAAAGCCCCUGAAACUCCUCAGAUCCGCAGAACUUUGGAAGUUGCAGGCCUUAGCACACCACGCACUCACCAAACUAUUACACCAGCUGUAGGCAAGACAGAUGCAAGAACUCCAUUUAGUGGCAAAACCCCACAGGCACGAAAAUUUCCAGGACCUGCUGGGCUUCUGCCAAAACUGGUAACUAAAAUCAAGAGAUUUAACUCAAAUUGGGUUAAUGUAAUAGCCCAUUUCUGAAUUUCUGUUAGCCUUAUUUUCAAAGUCAGUCCAUGUGCAUCUUUCAUAUGAUUAUAAAUUUUCAUUCACAUGCAAAUUACACUCAUUUUCUUACAAAUAGUUGAGCAUUAGGCCUUGCUUUGAAGAAGUGGUUAAAGGUACUUCAGAGAUGAGCCAGGCAUUUAUUUUUACAUGUAGAUGGAUGAUAGGUGAAACUAGUAAAAUUCUGCUCGAAGGUCUAAGGAGUUGACAACAUUUGAGAUUAUUUAAAUAUUUGUUUGUCUUCUGAUAUCCUUAUUGUUGCCUGAAGGUAAUGCUUAAAGGGUUGUCAUGGUGACAUGACUGCUCCCAGAGACUUCUCAGGGACCCUUCCCAUUUCAUCUGUCAGGGAUGAGUUAAAAAGAACUUAUGUCUACCAGUAUUAACAUACCAGUGCACUGUAUGUAUAUUGUGUGUACCAGUAAUAUUAUAGUGAGAAAAAUGUUUAUUUUGUUUACAGAGUCCUGGUCAAAAUCUGGAUGAUUCAUCUGUUGUCUCACCACUUCCUUCCAUGAGAAAAAAGUCUCCAACUGAAAACAAAGUGCAAGUAAGUUAAUAUUAGCCUGAUAUUUACAAUAGACCUUUCAAGCUUUACAUGCAUGGAGUAAAAGUGUGCCAUAAAUGUACAUUUUAAAGUGUCCAUGUGUCAUACCAACACUACUAGGGUGUUAUUUUGUUCUGUAACACCCAGCAUAUCUUUCUUAACUUAUUCAUUUUUUACCCUUAAAGGCUUCUCAGUCAAAUACCUUAGAAGAUGAAGAUUUUAAUCAUGAUCCAUGGACUUUCAUGCACCAGGAAUUUAUAAAAAGUAAGUAUUACCAGUGUUUAAAAAAGAUAUACAUUAUGUACAAGUACUUGUAUUGUAGAUAAUUAAAAGGUACUCUGUACCCUCAGUUUUGCAUAUGUCAAAUUUCUGUGGCAUUGGGUCAAUACCUCUGAUGUCCUGCUCAUUCCAAACUAUAAUCAUCCUUGAUAAUUUGGUUUUAUCAGAAUUAAGUUGAUAGUGUAAAUUGGCCACGGUAACAAGCUUCUAAAGCUCAUGUUUCAAGCAUUAGCCCUUUGUCAGAGCAAGUGUGGCUUUUGUGUUUUACACAUUGUUUUUGCUGGGAACAUGGUAACAUGAAAAAACUUAACAGUGAAAGUUGACUUGUAUAAGGCUGAACAGGUUGACAUGAACCAGUACAGAAAAAGCUGUCUGGCUCUGUACUUGUGUGGAUUUGUUUACUUUUUCAAACAUUUUCCAAAAAUGUGAACUCUAAUUGUGGACUUGAAACAUGAGAAAAUAUGAUGCAUUUUUUGAUCAAUUUCUCCAUCACAGAUGUUCCAACGGCAAUGAGAUACACCAUUAUCAAGGUUUAUACCGAGGUAUGUUUUAUCUACCUAGCAUUGUACAUUCACAUCCACACUAACAUUAAAAAGGAAACAAAAGAAAGACUAAUUGCAUAGGCACCGGAGUUGUGUUUAAGUUUGUUGACAGGUGUCAAGAAUUAACUUGUAAUCCUGGAAAAACUUGCAGUUCAUGUCACUGAAAAAGUUCAUGUUUAACUUUCUAAAUUGGGUGGUAAAUGGGUUGAAUGAAGGAUUAUAUAUUUUGGUCCCCUUAUUGCUGUCUUUAAGCAAAGAAAAACAUUUUAAAAGAAUGUGAAAAAACUUUCAUAACUAGAUACACAACUACCAACUUAUUUAACUCAUCCUAACCCAAAUAACAUGGACAGCUGAAUCUAUUUAUAAUACUAGUUAUGUAACAAAUUAGGUAAUAUAAGGUGAUCAUAAUAAAUUCUUUACAAGUUAACAACUCAUAAUCGACACUAAGUUCAGGUCCUUUUUACAAUGAACACCACACCAAUCUUUGAGCUGCACUGUAGUUCUGGAAAGGAAUGUUGUCAGUGACAAUGAUGGUCCUUGUUAGUCAAUCAGUUAAUCAGACAUGGUCUUGACAAAGAUGAUGAUUACAUUACUUCUGCAACUUUAGUACCCUUAAUGGUUAACUCAUUUCUUGCAGGCAAUUCAACAAAGACUUCACCAUGGCAAAGUGCCCUGCCUCUGUGCUCUGGUCAAGGCAUUUUCAUUGACAGAAGCAGAUGCUAGUGUUUUGCUUAAAGAUCCCACAGGUAGCACACAGCCAUGUUUAUAAAUUGGAUUUUUAUGUUCCUCAUUGUCUUUAGAGCAUUUUUAAAUCCAGGGUUGAUAUCAUUCCAGGGGGCUAUUGUGUGUAAAUUAUACUUCUAUUAACUUUUCAGGUGAGAUUCAUGGCACUCUACAUCGAAAAGUUCUUGAAAAUUACCAGACUGAACUGGCACCUGGUGCAGGCCUAAUACUCAAACAUGUGAGUAUCAAAAUAAUCACCAGGGUACCUGGUACUUUAUCAACACUUUAACUCCCAAGAUCUGAUCCAUAAUUCUCCCUACUAGCUUCUACACAUUUCCUUGUAAUAUAGUUGAGAGAAUUUGGUGUUAGAUCAAGAUGAAAACUUCUACCUGAUAAGUUUGAGUAUUCUCAUAACCUGUUUACUGGAUAGUGUAUGGAUGUUAUUGGGAGAAGUAACAUGUUAAUCACUUCUGGAGUUAAAGUUUAUGAUAAAUUAGCAAUUGUGACUUUGUAAACCCAACCCCCCUCUCCCUUUCCCCCCUUUCCCCUUCCCCCUUCCCCCCCCCCCAGGUGUAAGACAGAGUGCAAGCCAGCAAGCCAUUUAUGUCCCACAUCACUGACAUUCCUUCAUGUACCUACUUGCAGUUGACACCUACAUUGGUGUAAACAGCUUAUAAAUGAACCCUUUAACUCCCAUUACUGAUCAAGACAGAAUUUCUCCUUCCAAUAUCAAUACAAUAUGAAGCAGGCAAGUGAUGAGAAUAAAGAGUCCACAGGUGCUUUCUUUCAAUUUCUUUUCAAUACUUUUUUUUUUCAAAAUUUGAGUUGCCAAACUCAGGGAGUGGUUCAUCUGCAAAUGCAGCUUAUCUGCCAUUGUUUGCUGUGUUCCUUGUAGCUUUAUUAACUAUGGUCUAAUGUGAUGUUUUUAUUCCCUGGUGUACAGGUGUCUGUGUUCAGUCCUGCCCCCAGGAAGCAUUAUCUCAACAUAACUCCAGGCAAUAUUUUACAGAUCUACCCACCUGACCCUCAGUACAUCAGUAACAGCCAAGCUCUGGUUAGUACAAACAACAAAGGAGAGAUGAAAUCUUAUAACAGGGUAAUUUAGUUUUAUCAACUGAGUUAAUAACAUAAAUUAGCCGCCGUAAAGAGUUUCAAAGCUGACGUUACGAGCGUUACCCCUUGCCAAUAGCUCUGACCAAGGGCUAACGCUCAAAACAUCAGCUUUAAAACUCUUUACGGUGGCCGAUUUACGUCAUUUACUCAGUUAAUAAUACUAAAAGUUACCCUGUUACACUCUCCAUAUUCAUUGAAAUCUUAUAACUUUUAUUUAAGUUCGCAAUGACAGUUCUUCCCAAGCUUCUGCUCAGUUGGAAAGUUAUUUGUAUGAUUAUAGUAGAGUGGAAAUGUAGUUACUACCUUCAUAAUGAUUCUAACAGCGACAAAAAAAAUUAUCCUUUAGGUGUUGAGUACAGUACACUGUGCAUAUAUGCAAAGUUUAGAUUUACUGUAAUUGUAGGGAUGUUAUUGUACUAAUUAUUAAAACUUUGUUUAGGCCUCUCAGUGCACGCAGAAAGAGAACAAACAAGAUCAACAAAGGUAAAUGAUUUUUAGGAAACCACAAGCUAAAAAGCUGUAAACGCUGUUAUAAUCUUUCCACUCAGUUAGGCCCCCUCUCUGAUAAGCAUCCUCGUGCGGAAUUUUAAGCUCCAGUCGGACCUGCCCUCGGCUACAAAAUUGUUGACACGUUGAUCUUUCCAACCCCCCUAUUUGGUACAUUUAAAGUAUUUUUGAAGCUGAUGCUUAAUGACACAACUACUCAGUUUUUUUUCGUUCUUUUUUAGAGCGAUUGCCCUUGUUAAAUUUUUAGCACCCUCUUGAGGGUCUGCAACGUAGACUAGACGCCCUUUACAAUUAAAAUUUUUUGACAGGGUUGUCAUAGAAGAUGAGAAUAUCAACGAAAAAGAGGAAUGUGGUUCUAGUAAAUUGGUGAAUACCUCAGAAGAACAGACGACUGUAACUACAGAGCACGAAUGGUUUCAGCAAGGUGAAUCAAUUUUUACAUGUUGACAAAACAAAACAAAACAAAAAAGGCAAACAUCAAAAGAAGAACAAAGUGUCCCAGGGACCCUGACCAAGAAUCUUGUAUUAGAAUUUCACCAAAGUUCUACGAAAUUGCUCUUUGAGAGAAUGGCUAUGCCCUUUGUUGACUGGAGUGUCGCGAUGUCUUAGCUGAAGUCUUGUUUUCUGAACCGUCACCGCUGACAGAUGUACCACAUAUGUAAACAUGUUUGAAAAAUAUUUUUGGUCCAAGGGCGAAAAAAAAACAAAAUUAAAACUUUUGGUCAUAUUGUUUAUGAAGGUUUCAAUAGCUCCUUCGUCUGGACCAUUUGAAUAUAAAUUUCUUGUAUAUGGUCUUUUUGUGGCCUGUUCAUUUUACUGGUGCUUUAAUUUUGUUUGUUUGUUUGUUUGUUUUAGAUUGCAUGGAUGACCUUUUGGAAGGCCUUGACGAUGACGAAGACUUUCUUGACGAGGCAUUGCUCUUGUAGAAGUAAGACCUGAAGUUGUGCAGCAGAGGUACACAGCUGUAUCGUUUUAUCUUGUAAGGUGAAAUGGUUGAAAAUUGUCUCAAAAAGCCGGGGAAAAUUUCCAGUGUCGUAAUUUAUAUAACUUGUAUAAGAGUUACAAGAGGUUGAGAAAUUGGAACAGGAUUAACCCUGACUCAGCAAGUGAAUGGCGUUAAAGGGUAUAGUAUGAUGUGUAAGAGGUUGUGAUAGUUCGUUAGUCAGAAAUACCUCUAAGAGCUUACUGUAUGCCAACUCGAUGUAAAGAUCACGCCAAUAUUAUGGGCCAGCGGUUUUCUCUGUUCUAAUUUUUAAGAAACAAUCACGUGUUCUCCUAACGUCUCUUUCUCAACGAGGUGAAAGUUAUGCUUUCCCGUUCGGUUAUUCCUCAAACAUUAGACAACUCCCGAGUUCUAAAACCCUCACUUUUGAAAUGAGGCUUGAAGCAAAACCUUUCUUUUGAAAAUGAUCUCGAUCUCUCGAAAAUGAUCUGUUAACUGUCCGCGAAUGAAUGCCGAAGACCUUCACCGUAAAAAUACUUUAACGUAAGCCAUGUCAUACGUGAAAAAUAAGAAUGUUAUUGAGUGUAGGUAUCCAGAAUGAUGAAUUAGAAGUAAAAAAAUCCAAAGAGGAAGUAUUAUUUGGAACAGAGGUUUGAAAACGUUUAAGAGAUGAGGACUUAACAGGAAGUAAACCUUGUAUUAUUUGUUGUACCAUAAUUUAACCUUUGUGAAUAAAGGAAUCUAGGAAGAGAAAGGAGGCUGAGUGUUGCUGGUGAGCCUUUGUCUUUCUGAGCCAGGAAGUCUCUUCCAAUCCUUGACGGUAUUUAAAUAGAAAUUUAUUUUAACCAAAGCAGAAACGAUU